AUGCGUGAGGCAAAUAACUUUGAUCAAAUCGAGUUCAUCCAAUUGCCAAGAGAAUAUAAUGAGGAUGCCGAUCGAUUGGCCUAUAGUGCAUCAAGUUCUGGAAAAAUGCUGGCAAGGGUGAUUCCAGUUGAUGUGUUGUAUCAGCCAUCUAUCUUCGAAAAACCAUCUAACUCAGAUCCUCAGCAAGUAAAUGUCAUACUAUAUGAGCCGAGUUGGAUCGAUCCAAUCAUGACUUUCAUACGAGAUGGUGUGUUGCCCGAACAAAGAGAUAAGGCAAGGAAGAUCAGAUUGAAUGCUGCAAAGUAUGCCAUUGUACAUAACCAGUUAUAUAGAAGGUCUUUCUUGGGUCAAAAGUUGUUAGCCAUCUAA